AUGGUGCGCAGGGUGAUCCUGGCCCAAGGAGAGAACAAGGUGGAUGACAGAGACUACUAUGGCAACAAGCGUCUGGAGUUGGCUGGACAGGUAGCUCCAUCGACAGAAUCAGGGUCUGUUUUUCUCCAUCCUAAUAUAACCUUUGUGUCCUAACAUAACCUCUCUCUCCUAAUAUAACCUCUGUCCUAGUAUAACCUCUCUAUCCUAAUAGUAAAAUAUUAUUCCUGCGAACUUCCUCUGUGUGUGUUUAGUUUACUCCCUCAGUUAGUAGACUCCAGUACAUUGUCUAUGCAGACUGCACAUUGGCCUAUAGAUUUACUUUAUCACAUUGGGAUGCACAGACUUACGCUAGAUAUACAAAAGUAUGUGGACAUCUCUUCAAAUUAGUGGAUUCGGCUAUUUCAGCCACACCCAUUGCUGACAGGUAUAUAACAUCGAGCACACAGCCAUUCAAUCUCCAUAGACAAACAUUAGCAGUAGAAUGGCCUUACUGAAGGCCCUACCGUAAGUGCUGAUAUUGUGAAAUGGAAACAUCUAGGUGGAACAACGGCUCAGCCACGAGGUGGUAGGCCACACAAGCUCACAGAACGUUGCAACACUCAUUACCAAGUUCCAAACUGCCUCUGGAAGCAACAUCAGCACAAUAACUGUUGGUCGGGAGCUUAAUGAAAUGGGUUUCCAUGGCCGAACAGCCGCACACAAGCCUAAGAUCACCAUGUGCAAUGCCAAGCGUCGGUUGGAGUGGUGUAAAGCUUGCCACCAUUGGACUCUGGAGCAGUGGAAACACGUUCUCUGGAUUGAUGAAUCACGCUUCACAAUCUAGGUUUGGCGGAUGCCAGGAGAACGCUACCUGCCCGAAUGCAUAGUGCCAACUGUAAAGUUUGCUGGAGAAGGAAUAAUGGUCUGGGGCUGUUUUUCGUGGUUCGGGCUAGGUCCCUUAGUUCCAGUGAAGGGAAAUCUUAAUGCUACAACAUACAAUGACAUUCUAGACAAUUCUGUGCUUCCAACUUUAUGGCAACAGUUUGGGGAAGGGCCUUUCCUGUUUCAGCAUGACAAUGCCCCCUUGCACAAAGCGAGGUCCGUACAGAAAUGGUUUGUCGAGAUCGGUGUGGAAGAACUUGACUGGUCUGCACAGAGUCCUGACCUCAACCACAUCGAACACCUUUGGGAUGAAUUGGAAUGCUGACUGCGAGCCAGGCCUAAUCGCCCAACAUCAGUGCCCGACCUCACUAAUGCCGUUGUGGCUGAAUGGAAGCAGGUCUCCGCAGCAAUCUAGUGGAAAUCCUUCCCAGAAGAGUGGAGGCUGUUAUAGCAGCAAAGGGGGGACCAACUCCAUAUUAAUGUUCAUGAUAUAUUGGAAUGAGAUGUUCGACUAGCAGGUGUCCACAUACUUUUGGUCAUGUAGUGUGCCUGAGUACAUUAGGCUGUGCAGACUUCCUUUUACACAUUUGCCUGUACAGACUUCCUCCAGCACAGAGGCCUAUAGUUGGCUGCUCCACAGUGUAGAUAAGCACAGCCUGGGUCUAUCUGCACAGUAGGACUCACUCACGCUGUUCUGUAAUUAAAUUAUGAUGACUGUCAGCAUUUAAUGCUAAUGUUUCAAAGGGGCUGGUUGUGUGACAGUGCUGUACAUGCUCAAUGCUGGUGCCCAUGGGAUGAAUGGGUUGUAUAGCUCCAAGGUAGAAGUUGCCUGCAUUCACAGAUCUUGGAUCAUUUUACCAUCCUCUAAUCCCAACCUUAAUCUUUAGCGGUGAAACCCCAAACUGACUUUUAAUCUGCUCCUCCUCCCCAGUCAAAACGAUGGUCUCUAUACGCAGUGCUAAAUCUCUACGUACUUUCUACUUAUCUGAGAACUGAUCCCAGGCCGUUGGUAGUAGAGACCGACUCUGCACCAUCCUCCCCAUGCCCUGAUCCCAGGCCUGUGCUAGUGGAUAUAGACUCCACACCAGCCUCCCCAUGCCCUGAUCCCAGGCUUGUGCUAGUGGAUUUAGACUUCACACCAGCCUCCCCAUGCCCUGAUCCCAGGCCUGUGCUAGUGGAUAUAGACUCCACACCAGCCUCCCCAUGCCUGAUCCCAGGCUUGUGCUAGUGGAUUUAGACUUCACACCAGCCUCCCCAUGCCCUGAUCCCAGGCCUGUGCUAGUGGAUAUAGACUCCACACCAGCCUCCCCAUGCCCUGAUCCCAGGCCUGUGCUAGUGGAUUUAGACUCCACACCAGCCUCCCCAUGCCCUGAUCCCAGGCCUGUGCUAGUGGAUUUAGACUCCACACCAGCCUCCCCAUGCCCUGAUCCCAGGCCUGUGCUAGUGGAUUUAGACUCCACACCAGCCUCCCCAUGCCCUCACCUGUGUCUUUAUUCUCACCCCUCUCCCUCCUUUAUUAAUACCUUCAUUAUUUUCCUCCCGCUUUGUUGUUGCCUGUUUUUGUUUUCCUCAUCCUCCCCUCAUCCCUUCCUCCCUCCCCGCCUUGCUCUGUAUUCCCGCCUUGACUGGCUUUGUCAAGGGGAGAGAUACGCAGCAGCGGUAACCAAAAUCCCAGGGCCGGGGAAGCGUAGGGAUUUUUCCGCGCUGUGACAAAAGAAUGGCCGCCUUGACUGGAGCGAUUGAGCUAAUCCUGCAGGCCCCAGCUCUGAUAAUGUAAUUACGGCUGUCUUAAGGCCUUUAAUUUCCCCCCGCCCCGACCUGCUCUGGCUGAGGAGUGGGGACGAGGUGGGGGUGGAGGGGGGUACAGGGCCUCCUUUCAAUAGGGGGCUUAUGCACUUAGAACGCCCAGCAAUCUCCUCUCUCUCCAAUUAUGAUUCCCUGACAUUCAACUAAUUGGCCCGGCUGCGCAACGGAAGCUUAAUUUCUUUAUUAUUAAUUUUGCCGGUGCUGCUUGUUUGUUUUGAUGUAUGCAAAUGUGUCGGGAGGGUUGGUGGGGGGUUGAGCGAAAGAGAGAACGAAAGAGAGAGGUUCCAUAGUGAAAGCCUUACUGGGUAGAGGAAAGGAGAGAAGAGAGACCUGGGAGAGAAGCCAGGUCAGGCUUAUCUCAGGGUUGGCACACCUGGUUAUUAAAUCUGUCUCUUUGGUCAUUUUCUCUGAGCUGAUAAUGGAGAGGAACAGAACAGCUGGCAGCAGAAGCCAAGAGAACUGGGAGAACAGAGGGUUUGCCUUGCCUGUGGCUCCAGGGGAUAUGACUAUCUCUCUGAGUAUUGUUGUUUCACAUCUAGUUUGUUGCAUCGGAGACUCGGUCUGUAACUUCCAGUGUUGAGUUUUGAUGUUUCCACUGUGUCCGUUUUGCCUUUUGGAUCAUAAUUAAUCAGAUUGUUAUGGACAGGGAGGACCUGAUCCUAGAUCAGCACUCCUUCUCAGAGACACUUAAUAAAUAUGAGCUCAGACACACCAGUAGUGUUUGCUGGUCGAGACCUAUUUUACAGGGUGGUCCCUGAAACACAGCGCACUGAACGAUCGGCAGACGAACGCUAGAACUACAUUCGGUGCGAGCCUUAACACUCUCUCUCCCCCUCUGGCUAGCUGCUGUCUCUGCUGUUUGUGGAUCUCUUUAAGAAGUUCAACUCGGAGCUGAAGAAGAUAUCAGACCAGAUCAUCCCCAAGCAGCGAGCGGCCCAGUUCGACAUAGUCAAACACAUGCGCCAGGACCAGAUCACCAACGGCAUGGUCAACGCCAUCUCCACCGUGAGUGCUGUAUCAAGAUCUGGUCCCUUAUGCCAGACAGAGCAUGUGGUAUCCACAUGGAUUGAUCAAUGGCAAAAGGGGAUUUGACCUGUCUGUGCCCCCAGGGGAACUGGUCCCUGAAGAUGGACCGUCAGGGUGUGACACAGGUGCUGUCCCGUCUCGCCUUCAUCUCGGCUUUAGGCAUGAUGACCAGGAUCUCCUCCCAGUUGGAGAAGACCAGGAAGGUCAGCGGACCCCGCUCCCUGCAGCCCUCCCAGUGGGGCAUGUUGUGCCCCUCCGACACCCCUGAGGGAGAGGUGAGUCAGAGAGAGAGAGAGCGAGACACGGACAGACAGACAGUCACAUAUAUACAUAUUGGCAAGCACGCACACAUAAUUGAGCAAACACACACACCAUGGCCCCCAUAAACCCCAUAACAUCCAUGCACACGCACACUAAUGCAAAAACGCCUACUGUGUAAAACCAACAUGUCUGAAUAUUGAACUGCUGCUCAUAAAAUGAUAUUUAUUUUUAGUCCUGGACAACCCUAACCCUAAUGCCAGUUCUAGAUGGUGUUGCCUUGGCCUGUGUAUAUCAGCUUCUGACCAGUGGUUGUGUUGUGUCCUAGGCCUGUGGUCUGGUGAAGAACCUGGCCCUGAUGACCCACAUCACCACAGACAUGGAGGACGGCCCCAUCAUCAAGCUGGCCUUCAACCUGGGAGUGGAGGACGUCCACCUGCUGUGUGGAGAAGAGCUCUCCUACCCCAGUGUCUUCCUGGUCUUCCUCAAUGGUGACCACACAUACGCACACACACAGGCGCACAUGCACGCCCACAUGCACACACACCAGACAUCCAAAGGCAUACGCAUAAGCACUUGAUACACAUAACCAGCAGUAUGCUCUCAAGCCAGGAUUGUUACUGGUGGCUUUUCCCUUGUGUUUGAUUCCUUAAAAACUGCUUCUCUUCUUAAGCCUUCCUCUGAUUUUCAAUACAGUGCCUCAAACAUGAAGGGAAAGAACAUGGAAUGUCCAGUUUACAGACAGCAUAUGUUGUUCUUCAUACAGUGUGUCUGAUGAGCUAUUAAUUUAGUGCUACUAAUGUGCAAUGAAAAAGUCUGGACUGGGUCCAUUAAUUAGUGUAUAUGUUUUUCAAGCCACUGAUAACUGUCAAAUUAUGUUGACUGUCUGCCACCAGGCUUAAUUAAUUAGUAACAGCAGGUGUCAAAGCGCCACAGAGCGUGCGCAAAUCCUCCCACACACACAUGGAGCCAGUUCACUGUGGCUCCUCCAUUUCCUCACGUUCAAUAUGUACAGAACCCCUGUUGGAGUCUGUGGCUCUGCACACUGUGAUAGAUACAGUAGUUAGCUGGACGUUUUGUUUUAUGCAUUAUUUCUGUGUACGUUGAUCAAAUAACCCCUAAUAAAGUCACGUCAGUAAGAAUUGUGAGUAAGAAACGCUGUGCCUUAUAGUUGGUCUCUCUCUGUGUGUCCAUCCUGUCCACAGGUAACAUCCUGGGGGUGAUCAGGGACCACCAAAGGCUGGUGUACACCUUCAGACUGAUGCGCAGGGCCGGCUUUAUCAACGAGUUUGUGUCCAUCUCCACCAACCUGACCGACCGUUGUCUACAUCUCCUCAGACGGGGGACGCCUCUGCAGGUAGGGGACACCAGCGAGGACAUGACACCCAUCCACUGUCUAUGCACGGAGUAAAGUUAUGACUCAGCCUGGGUUCUGCACCCAAAACGGUUUCAACAGAUGUUUUAAAGCUAGUUCACUCCUUCAUCUCGCACUAGCACCCCCCUUCAACUAAUUAAAAAAAACUCUUGCUCUUUUUUCAACUGGUGCUUUUGCUCCUGGCAGACCAGACCGUACAUCAUUGUGAAGAAAGGACAGCCGAUGGUCAAAAACAAACACAUCAAGGGAUACAGGUGGGUUCCAUUUCAUCAGCUGGGUUCCAUUUCAUCAGCUCAUACAGCUAACGUUAUUCAAUACAAAAGAAACUACCGCCAAUGAAUUUAGCUGGGAUUUUAAGCUCAGCCAAGUGUACUUUUUAGGGGGGCAAAAUGUUUACAUUAGUGGUGGAGGUUGUGGAUUUUUUAAAUGCUCGUGUGUUUAUCUUUUAUUUUGUUGCUGUCAGGGACACUACACACUUAGAGAUUGAGCCUUUCACACUACUAGGGGUCUGUGCUGGCUUGAUCCCCUACCCCCAUCACAACCAGUCCCUCAGGAAUACAUACCAGUGUGCUAUGGGCAAGCAGGUCAUGGGUGAGACACCUCUCCAGUCCUCUGCUACUGUCUGUAAAGAGUGGCUGUUUUAAGCUGCACCUUUGAAGAUCACGCAUCAGUACUCAUCAAACAUCCUCCACAGGAGCAACGUGUACUGCUGUGAACACACACACACACACAUUUAUUGUCAGAAUGCAUUUUGUGUGUGUGUGAUGGAGUGUUUGUGUGUGUGUGUCAGUGUGUGUAUGCGCAUGGACAUCAAACAUGGGGUGCUUGCGUAGGCCCUCCUUUGUGCCCUGUGUGUGCGGAGGCCCUUUCCCUGCCAGUCACCAAGAGUGUCAUUAGCAAUUCAUUGUGUCUGCUGUUCGCUGUGCUCAGGGGGUCAGUGUGCUCAGCUGCGAGGGAGAGACCAGAGUGCACACCCAGGAGCUCCCUGGUAACCAAAACUUCUCCAAACGACACCACUAACAUUCGCAAACGCCCAGUCACCCCCAUCCCCCUCCCUGUCUCCAUCCAACCCCUCCUUCUCCCUUCCCCCAUCUUUACACAAAAACACUGCGAGUGGAACUAUAUUUGGCCCAAUAUCCUCUGCCGUGUCUGUUUUGUGUGGCCAGGCCUAUACAUGUGCAAAUGUGGCUGUAUGGGCGGGGGCCUAUUAUCACAGGGCUCUGUUGCUUGUAGCCUGAUUGUGAAGUAAUAGCAUCUGACAAAUGUCAAGGCCUCCAGGGAGGGCAGCCAUUAUGCCAUAACCUGCCCUGCCCAGCUCCUCUCCCCUGCCUGUAGCACAGAGCUGGCCCUGUUGGCCCUGGCUCAACCCCAACCCAUGGAGAAGCAGGAUUAAAACAACUCAGCCACCCUAGGAUAUUCUCUGAGACACUGCUUGGUUAAGUGGCUCAAGCAUUGACAUUGAGAAAAGUUUCUUGGUGAAAAUGUGUUAUUAUUUUUGCUUUGUCUUUGCUCUGAACUGAAUGAGUUUUUAAAGAUUUCUCAGACAAUUGAUUAAUCAAAUACUUUGGAAAGUUUUAAAGACUUGAAUAGGUAUGUCCAUUCUAAUUUUAUUUCUAUGGUUGCUCCUGUCAGAUAUGAUUGGCUACAACCAGAGGAAGCGUAUAGACACUCUGAUGUACCUGCUGGGUUACCCCCAGAAGCCCAUGGUGAAGUCUAGGACCAUAGAGCUGAUAGACUUUGAGAAGCUGCCUGCAGGACAGUGGCUGUGA